GCGCCUCACAUCUCCUCAGGAUUCUCCCUCCUUCCCCCACACAGCGACCCGGGACUCUGUGCUACAUCCUCCUCAGCAGCCCUCCCAACUCAGCAUGAAGACGGCUCUCACUCCCCUCACUGUGGCCCUGCUGGCUCUACUUCCUCUGGUCCGACUCAUGCCCGUUAACGAUGUCCCGGCUAACUUCCUGAGAGAGGCCAUGACGGAUGGCUUCAUCGUGGAGGACCCCUUCUCCAGCGCCGCCAGCGGGGGACUCGACCAAGCGCUCCCAGCAGACCGGUCCGACCUGACCGAGGCCAGCGGAACCCAGGAGGGCAGUGGAGGGCAGGAGGCCAGCGGCGGGCCCUACCUCACAUGGCCACACCUGCACCUGGUCACGGCGGCCCCUCCCAACGCCACCGCGGUCUUCAGCCAGGAAGAGGAGGGGUCUGGGUCUGAAUCGGGAUCUGGAUCUGGUUCUGGGUCUGGAUCUGGCAGCGACCUGUUUAUGGAGAUGGCAACAACUCCCAGUCUCACCACCCAGACUCCCAGCACCACGACAGGAGCGAUGGAUGUCUCCACCUCCGCCAGCCCCAGCCCCUCCCAGGCCGCCCCCACUGCAGCGUCUCCUGUGACCCCCAUCGUGGUGGAUGAACCCCAGAGCUCUACUACAACGUCUCCUGUGACCCCCAUCGUGGUGGAUGAACCCCAGAGCUCUACUACAACGUCUCCUGUGACCCCCAUCGUGGUGGAUGAACCCCAGAGCUCUACUACAACGUCUCCUGUGACCCCCAUCGUGGUGGAUGAACCCCAGAGCUCUACUACAACGUCUCCAGUGACCCCCAUCGUGGUGGAUGAACCCCAGAGCUCUACUACAACGUCUCCAGUGACCCCCAUCGUGGUGGAUGAACCCCAGAGCUCUACUACAACGUCUCCUGACAUUCCCAUCGUGGUGGAUGAACCCCAGAGCUCUACUACAACGUCUCCUGUGACCCCCAUCGUGGUGGAUGAACCCCAGAGCUCGACGAUGGUCAGCCAAAGCCAAAGAAUGCUUUCAAUCCACGGUAAGGCCCUGUGCAGAGACGACAUUAGGCAAGCUGUCCCCAAAGGAGAGGCCACGUUUUCACAGCCAGAAGAAGCAGCGAGUAGCUCUGGUUGGAUGUUCAUCGUGGGAUCCACUGUGGGCGUGGCCGCGCUGGUUCUCAUCAUCAUUGCGGUCGCUACAAGAAACAGGUGGAACGGGCCUGGCCAGGCCACCAUGAAGGCGGAGCGGGCUGGCCGCGCUGAGGAGACGCAGAGGCAGGAGAUGAAGGAGUUCCUGCCCAAAGAGGAGCGGCACGACGCAGAGUACACCGUGGUGGCGCUCAGCGAGGUCUCGGAGAAGGAGAGCCUGUCCUGAGGUCUGCAGAGAGAGACCUCCUGAGGGUCCCAGGCCGUCUGGAGGGCAGGCGUCGGGACCAGAGCCGCUCCGGUGGCACAACUGAUCCUGAAGUCUUGCCUUGUUUUGUUUGUUUUUUAGCGGAAACUUUGGACUUUGACCUUUCUGUUGUCAUAGCAACAUAAACAUUUCCUCCUAAUGCUUGUCAUAAAUAUCAGAAUUGCACUAACAUUUGAAAAGUGUUUUUGCAUUGUUUCAUUCACUUUAUAUUGUAUAUAAAAGGGGACUGUAAAAUAUGUUUCUUUAUAUCAUGCUGAGUGUAUUGCUGUAUUAUAUUUCACCUUGUUAGUGUAUUUUGUGUUUUUGAGUGCCUUUUCGAAAUCUUUUAAUGCUUACUUAAUUAAUUAGUUCACAGCAGAGAUUAUCUUCCAUGUAGAAUUUUUUGUGUAAAUCGUAUUUGAAACCGGACAAUAUUGUGUGGCCACACCCGUUUAACCAAAAGAUCAAAGACAGCAUUUAAUUUAACAUUUAUUUGUUGGAAUUCAUAUUUACACACAAGUAUUAAAAUGUGUACACGCUUUUAGUCCACUUUUCUAUUUCUUUAAUUCGUUUCUUCAUAUAAGUCCUUUCAUUCAGAAUGGACAAUGCUAGUUCGUGCUUGAAAUCUCCUAAUUAAAUAUUGGCAGAUAUGUAGAGAAAAGUCCACUAAGGUUACACCAGACCAUUUGACAAAGAAGAUAUUUAUGUUUAUAACAGGGCAAGAGGAGAGAAAGCAUUCAUAAAAAAUAGGCCAUAAAGAUAAAGACCAAAGACUUCAAAUAAACAAAUGCAGUGUAAUAUUACAAGAUCUCGCAUUUUUUUUAUUUAGAUAGAGAUAACAAACAAAUGCCUUGCUUAGGUGUACGCUGGAACUUUCAACAUUGCCUGAAUUUAACACAAAACCAAUC